AUGCUAGACGCGCAGUUGCAGGCGAUGUUGGUCCAGAUUCAGCAGGCGACUGGGAUCGCGCUCCAGGGGGGGACCGAGAUCAUGAACGAGGUAGGCCGUGGCCCGUGGACAGUAGAACACAGGCAGGCCUUCUCUAUUGCCGUGAGCAAUAACAUUGCGGCGCCCGUCGCGCGGUCGACUCGUCCUACCCAGAAGUGCAGUGCCAUCCGCAACUUCUUCGCGGAAGGCGAUUGGGCGAUCUUCGAGAGCAGCCAGCUGACCGAAGAGCCGAAGCUGCAGGCGAUGGCGAAGAGGCUUUCCAUGCUCGGCAUCGCGUGCCCAUGCGAGAAGCUCUUGAUGUCGGCAUGCGCGUUGCUGGUCAUGAAGGGCGACCUCCCGCCGAAGGACCACGCUCAGAAACGCGAAAUGUGCCACAACCUGUCGAAGCUGAUCAAGAUGCACGACAAGACGACUACAUGGCCGUUCACCUACAUCACGAACUACAUGGACAGCCCCCUGACCUUGCCUCCAGAGAUUUAUGCCCACGCAUACGGCGCCGACAAGCCCUGUCCACCACCCCCACCGUUCGAGACGUCGGUCUACAACGAUGCCGUCUUGGGAAUGUGCUACAGGUCCAACCACACUGGCGUGUCGGGCAGCAAGAAAUCCUCUGGCACCUCACUUGCUGUUCCGACCGCAGGCGCAUUGCAGCAGCAUCAUCAACAAGUUGACGUGAUGCAGAUGUGCAUGGGGAUGAUGGGCGCGAUGAUGCAGCGCAUGGGGGUGACGCCGACUGGAGCAGACAACGUCAACGACGGCGGCAUCAACAUUACAAUGCUGAAGGGCGAACCGAUGCCAGCACUCCCCGCGCCGGCGGAGCCCGAGAAGACCGCGGCGGCCGCGGUUGAUGAGGCCAAGGAGCUCGAGAAGAAGAUGGUCGCAUCUGCCCAGGUAGGCGGCAAGCGCAAGCAUGGCAAGUUCACGGCCGACAUCUCGCAUCUCUUGACGCCCGAGCUUGCCAAGGGCUGCAUCCCGAAGAACUUCAAGUGCAAGGCUUACGACCGCGCGAAGUACCUAGCUCAGCAGGCGGGGUUGAGCAGUUCAGCUCAGACAUCGGUUGCUCAGAUGGCUUAUGCCAAAGCAGCCGAGUACCUCGCGGCCUGA